CACUAGCGCGCUCGGCGGCUCAUUCCGUCGGCCGCCGCCAGCGGAGGGGAGAGUCGCUCGCAGAGGCCGCGGGGGCCGCUGGCAGCCACCGCCGACUUGUGAAUGGGACCGGACUGGGGCCGGGGCUGACACCGCUGCUCUCUCCCCGCGCCAGCGGACCGACGGCCGGAGCUCGUGCCCACCCUCCAGGGCCCCAGAAAUCACUGUAUUUUCGGCUCAGUGGCCCCCUGAAGAUCAUUCCUGUCGCCAUUUGCUGAGUGACCAAUCAGAUGGGCGGAGUGUGUUUCAGAAAUUGGCAGCAAGUGUCCAAUGGGUGAAGAAGGGCGUUCUGCUGCUCAGAUUUGGAGGCCACCCAUCAUCCAGCCCUUCGUUCCAUGCACAGGAAGACUGAGGUCUCGAUUGCUGGAUGUUAAGCCGACGGGGGAAGUGGGCAGCCCUGACGUGAUGUGCUCAGCGAGCAGAGACAUUCCAUUCCCACAGAGGUCUGCGUGACGCGUCAGGGAGGCCACCAUCGGCCAGGCUGCUGCACGGUUGGUGGAAGGGGUGACAGCUGCAUUCUCCUGUGCCUACCACGUAACCAAAAAUGAAGGAGAACUACUGUUUACAAGCUGCCCUGGUGUGCCUGGGUGUGCUGUGCCACAGCCAGGCCUUCACCGCGGAACGGAGGGGCCACCUGCGACCCUCGUUCCACGGGCACCACGAGAAGGGGAAGGAGGGACAAGUGCUGCAGCGCUCCAAGAGAGGCUGGGUCUGGAACCAGUUCUUUGUCAUCGAGGAGUACACCGGGCCUGACCCCGUGCUCGUGGGCAGGCUUCAUUCCGAUAUUGACUCUGGUGAUGGGAACAUUAAAUACAUUCUCUCAGGUGAAGGAGCCGGAACCAUUUUUGUGAUUGAUGAUAAAUCAGGGAACAUUCAUGCCACCAAGACAUUGGACCGAGAGGAGAGAGCCCAGUACACCCUGAUGGCCCAGGCAGUGGACAGGGAUACCAACCGACCUCUGGAGCCGCCCUCAGAGUUCAUUGUCAAGGUCCAGGACAUUAAUGACAACCCUCCUGAGUUCCUGCAUGAGACCUAUCACGCCAACGUGCCCGAGAGGUCUAACGUGGGAACGUCAGUGAUCCAGGUGACAGCUUCAGAUGCAGAUGACCCCACCUACGGAAACAGUGCCAAGUUGGUGUACAGCAUCCUAGAAGGACAGCCCUACUUUUCGGUGGAAGCACAGACAGGGAUCAUCAGGACAGCCCUGCCCAACAUGGACAGAGAAGCCAAGGAGGAGUACCACGUGGUGAUCCAAGCCAAGGACAUGGGUGGCCACAUGGGCGGACUCUCAGGGACAACCAAAGUGACGAUCACACUGACCGAUGUCAACGACAACCCACCAAAGUUUCCGCAGAGCGUAUACCAGAUGUCUGUGUCAGAAGCAGCUGUCCCCGGGGAGGAAGUGGGAAGAGUGAAAGCUAAAGACCCAGAUAUUGGAGAAAAUGGCUUAGUCACAUACAACAUUGUUGAUGGAGACGGUAUGGAAUUGUUUGAAAUCACAACGGAUUAUGAAACACAGGAGGGCGUGGUGAAGCUGAAAAAGCCCGUAGAUUUUGAAACCAAAAGAGCAUAUAGCUUGAAGGUGGAGGCAGCCAACGUACACAUAGACCCGAAGUUCAUCAGCAAUGGGCCUUUCAAGGACACUGUGACGAUCAAGAUCGCAGUAGAAGAUGCUGAUGAGCCCCCCAUGUUUUUGGCCCCAAGUUACAUUCACGAAGUCCAAGAAAAUGCAGCUGCUGGCACUGUGGUUGGGCGAGUACAUGCCAAAGACCCGGACGCUGCCAACAGCCCAAUAAGGUAUUCAAUUGAUCGUCAUACUGACCUCGACAGGUUUUUCACUAUUAAUCCAGAGGAUGGUUUUAUUAAAACUACAAAACCUUUGGAUAGAGAGGAAACUACAUGGCUCAACAUAUCCGUUUUUGCAGCAGAAAUCCACAAUCGGCAUCAGGAAGCCAAAGUACCCGUGGCCAUUAAGGUCCUUGAUGUCAAUGACAAUGCUCCCAGGUUUGCCGCCCCCUAUGAAGGCUUCAUCUGUGAGAGCGACCAGACCAAGCCACUCUCGAAUCAGCCAAUUGUUACAAUUAGUGCAGAUGACAAGGAUGAAACAGCCAAUGGACCAAGAUUUAUCUUCAGUCUACCCCCUGAAAUCAUCCACAAUCCAAAUUUCACAGUCAGAGACAACAGAGAUAACACCGCGGGGGUGUACGCCCGGCGCGGGGGCUUCAGUCGGCAGAAGCAGGAUCUGUACCUCCUGCCCAUCGUGAUCAGCGACGGCGGAAUCCCACCCAUGAGCAGCACCAACACACUCAGCAUCAAGGUCUGUGGGUGCGACGUGAACGGGGCGCUGCUCUCCUGCAACGCCGAGGCCUACAUCCUGAACGCCGGCCUGAGCACCGGGGCGCUGAUCGCCAUCCUGGCCUGCAUCGUCAUUCUCCUGGUCAUCGUCGUGUUGUUUGUGACCCUGAGGAGGCAAAAGAAAGAACCACUGAUCGUCUUUGAAGAAGAAGAUGUCCGUGAGAACAUCAUUACCUAUGACGAUGAAGGGGGAGGGGAAGAAGACACAGAGGCGUUUGACAUCGCCACCCUCCAGAAUCCUGACGGCAUCAAUGGAUUUAUCCCUCGCAAAGACAUAAAGCCCGAGUAUCAGUACAUGCCGAGACCUGGGCUGCGGCCAGCACCGAACAGUGUGGACGUUGACGAGUUCAUCAGCACGAGAAUACAAGAGGCAGACAAUGACCCGACCGCCCCGCCAUAUGACUCCAUCCAGAUCUAUGGUUACGAGGGCAGGGGCUCGGUGGCCGGGUCCCUGAGCAGCUUAGAGUCUGCCACCACAGAUUCAGACUUGGACUACGACUACCUACAGAACUGGGGACCUCGUUUUAAGAAACUGGCAGACUUGUACGGUUCCAAAGACACUUUUGAUGACGACUCUUAACAAUAACGAUACAAAUUUGGCCUUAAGAACUGUGUCUGGCGUUCGGAAGAAUCUAGAAGAUAUGUAAACAGGUAUUUUUUUAAAUCAAGGAAAGGCUCAUUUGGGACAAGCAAAAGUUUUACAGAGAGGACACAUUUAAUAAAACUUCAAGGACAUCAGAGUGGUAAAUACUGUGAAGCACCUUUUCUCACAAAAAGGCAAAUAUUGAAGUUGUUUAUCAACUUAGAGAAAAACCACUUGGCAUACAAAAUAUUUAAGUGAAGGAGAAGUGUAAUGGUGAACUUCCAAUGAAGGGAAAUCGUUUAUGUGUUAUGGACAUCUAAGUCCUUCUUUCUUCUUUUUUUUUUUUCUUUUUUCUUUUUUUUUUUUAAUUUGUCAAUGAAGCUUCCACAAAAUUAGAAAGGACAACAGUUCUGAGCUGUAAUUUCGCCUUAAACUACGGACACUCUAUAUGUAGUGCAUUUUUAAACUUGAAAUAUAUAAUAUUCAGCCAGCUUAAACCCAUACAAUGUAUGUACAAUACAAUGUACAAUUAUGUCUCUUGAGCAUCAAUCUUGUUACUGCUGAUUCUUGUAAAUCUUUUUGCUUCUACUUUCAUCUUAAACUAAUACGUGCCAGAUAUAACUGUCUUGUUUCAGUGAGAGGCGCCCUAUUUCUAUGUCAUUUUUAAUGUAUCUAUUUGUACAAUUUUAAAGUUCUUAUUUUAGUAUACAUACAAAUAUCAGUAUUCUGACAUGUAAGAAAUGUUACGGCAUCACACUUAUAUUUUAUGAACAUUGUACUGUUGCUUUAAUAUGAGCUUCAAUAUAAGAAGCAACCUUUGAAAUAAAAGAUUCUUUUUUAAUUCUGGGUUUGAUUCUUAACAUUGAAAACUAUUAAGUAUUUCUAAUGACCGAUUUAUAGUUCUAAUUCAAGACAUUAUGAUCUUUUAAUAACCCUAUUUAUGAUCUGUUAGAGCCUGCUGCUUUUAUUGUUUAUUUAAAGUCAAAUACGUUUUGCAAAUGUUUUUUCAGACAAGAUUCUGUAAUAUCGUGUAAAGCUUUUUUUUUGUACAUUCUCAGCGUUAGCUUCCUGGCUCCUCUUCACACACUUCUGAAAAAGUAGGAAGCUAAAGAUCUAGGUCAGUCUAGGAUUUUGCAAUACUUACUAUAUAAUAUGCAUUUGUCUUAUAUAUCAGUACUUUGAUGACUAAGAGAGAUGAAUCCAUGAGGGACUGAAAUUGUCAGAAUUAGGGGAGUGAAGAGUCAAAAAUAUACAUUUGCCACAUGUAGUUACCAGACCUCCAAUGUCACUCUAUUUUUCCUUCCUUUGAUCUUGCCAGGCUAAUCCAUAAUGACUCUGACAGUUAAAACUGCUUACUUUUCCUCCUGUCUUUUAACUUCUCUUAAAAUGUUAUGCGGCGUGUUAAAUUCUGAUAAAAGAGAGAGCAAUUCAUUUCCAAACCUUUGUUUGAAAAUAUGCUUUGGGCCAUAAGCUCAGAAUGAGGGCAGGGAGCACGGUGGAUUGUGAGGGUCAAUGCCAUUUGAUCCAUGAGAUGCCUACAGUCUCCUGCACUCCCUACCUGGGGACUGGGACUUCUGUGAAGGACAUUUCGCCUGCUCAGUUGGGCCAAAGGUGAAAACGUAGCAAUACUUCGGGGAAAGACCACACAAAGUCAUGCUGCAAGUGCUUUCCCUCUUUCCCCUUGGACACAGGGCACAUGUUUUCUCUUGGAUUGCAGGCAAUUUUUAGAUUAUCUUUAAAAAAAAAAAUUUUUUUUUUUUUUAUUGUGAAUGUUUUUUUCAAGUGUUUCUUGUAUCUUGCUACAUACUAUUUUGAUGCCUGAGUCAAAAUGCAUACAAAGAAAAAUGUUUUUGUGAAAGUGCUCACUUCCAUUUUACUUUGCAUUUAAAUCAAAUUGUCUGAACACUUCAAUGGAAUAAAUUCUGUGGACAAUGUCACUUCGGAAUCUUUCAUUUCAGUGAAGGAUUUACACAUUUGCAGUAUUCCAUAAUUGCAGGUUUUGUUCAUUUUUUUAUAUAGUUUUUGUAAUCCAAAGAAUAUUUUGCUAGAUUUGCACAGUUCUCCAAUUGAAUUUGAAGUGAAGAAAUAACUGAAAAGGAAUAUGAACAGCACUUAAACAAGUGUACUGCUACAAAGCCCCAUUGCCAUCGAGGAUCUUCUUUUUUCUAUAAAUGUAUUUGGAUUAGAUUUGACAAGUAUGUUUUUACAUUUUUAUGUUUAAGUUUUUUUUAAAAAAAGCUGUCUACUUUUCAAUAGUUAGUUAAAAAUACUCGUUUUUCUUUUAAUCUUCUCUCUCUCUCUCUUUUUUUUUUUUUUUAACUUUAAGC